UAUGUGUGUAAGAGAGAGAGAGAGAGAGAUUAUGAGGCAGGCGCAGUAGAAGACUUCCAGCAGACGGAGACAGACGGUGCCAGCUGCUAGCUACGUUAGCCACAGCAGAAGAUAGUUAGCAACUAGCUUCAGAGUCCGAGCGCCUUGACAGCCUAUGAGGGACUGAGCGAGCAGUGUGUGCGUGACAGCGUGCGUGGCGACGCUUGCAGCGUCCGCUCCGCCGUCCCGAAGUCACUCCUUGUGCUCGUGUGUGUGUGCGCGCGCGCGUGUGUGUGUGUGCGUGUGUAUAUAUAUAUAUAGUUAUACUUAUAAACUCCCCUAUCUCCCUCUUCCUCUUCGGAGCAGCAGUGUGUCCGUGUGUGUGUACGUGUGUGCAUGUGUGUGUGUAGUUAGCAAACGCACACACAAACACUCGAUAGUCGACUGUUUACAUUUGGUGUCCGGUUACUGGCCAGCGGAUUCACAUCAUUAGCUGACACCGACAGACCACCAGCAGCAUGAUGAUGAGGUACACUGUAGUCCGAGGCGGCCUCGGCCUGUUGACUGUGAGGAGGGCGGUUCUUUCCCCCCGCUUCAGCCACUCUUCCCCGCGGAGCGAGUAUCGACCAAUCAAGAAAGUCAUGGUGGCCAAUAGAGGUGAAAUCGCCAUCCGCGUGUUCAGAGCCUGCACUGAACUGGGGAUUCGAACCGUGGCCGUCUACUCCGAACAAGACACGGGACAAAUGCACAGGCAGAAGGCAGACGAGGCUUACCUGAUUGGAAAAGGUCUGCCACCUGUUGCGGCAUACCUGGACAUUCCCAACAUCAUCCAAGUAGCCAAGGACAACAAUGUGGACGCCAUCCACCCGGGCUACGGUUUCCUCUCCGAGCGCUCAGACUUUGCCCAGGCCUGCGUGGACGCCGGCGUGAUGUUUAUUGGACCGUCCCCGGAAACGGUCCGCAAGAUGGGAGACAAGGUGGAGGCUCGUUCCCUGGCCAUCAGUGCAGGUGUACCUGUGGUCCCGGGAACAGACUCCCCCAUCUCCUGCCUGCAGGAUGCGCAGGUGUUCGCCGAAACGUACGGCCUCCCCAUCAUCUUCAAAGCGGCGUACGGAGGAGGCGGUCGCGGCAUGAGGGUCGUCCGAGAGUACGAGGAACUUGAGGAGAAUUACCAGCGGGCCUACUCUGAAGCCCUGUCGGCUUUUGGGAACGGAUCCCUGUUUGUCGAGAAGUUUAUUGAAAAGCCAAGACACAUUGAAGUACAGAUCCUCGGCGAUAAAUACGGUAACGUCAUCCACCUCUACGAGAGAGACUGCUCCAUUCAGCGGAGGCACCAGAAGGUGGUGGAGAUUGCUCCUGCGUUCCAGCUGGAUCCUCAUCUGAGAAACCGACUUCACACCGAUGCCGUCAACCUCGCCAAACAGGUGGGCUACGAGAACGCAGGCACCGUGGAGUUCCUGGUCGACAGAAACAACAAACACUUCUUCAUCGAGGUCAACUCUCGACUCCAGGUCGAGCACACGGUGACCGAAGAAAUCACAGAUGUGGACCUGGUGCAUGCCCAGCUGCACGUGUGUGAGGGCCGCAGCCUGCCAGAACUGGGCCUCAAGCAAGACAAGAUCAGGGUGAACGGCUGCGCGAUCCAGUGCCGAGUGACGACCGAGGACCCGGCCAGAGGCUUCCAACCAGACACGGGGAGGAUCGAGGUCUUCCGGACUGGAGAGGGCAUGGGCAUCCGUCUGGACAGCGCCUCGGCCUUCCAGGGCGCCGUCAUCUCGCCCCACUACGACUCCCUGCUGGUGAAAGUCAUCGCCAGCGGGAAGGACCUGCAGACAGCGGCUUCCAAGAUGAGCCGAGCCCUGGCCGAGUUCAGAGUGCGAGGGGUCAAGACCAACAUCCCGUUCCUCCAGAACGUUUUCAACAACCACCAGUUCCUCCACUCCACCGUGGACACCCAGUUCAUCGACGAGAACCAGGAGCUCUUCAACCUCAAACCCACCCAGAACCGAGCCCAGAAGCUCCUGCACUACCUGGGUCAUGUGAUGGUAAAUGGACCAACCACACCCAUCCCAGUCAAGGCCAAGCCUUCCUCCAUAGAUCCAGUCAUCCCUCCUGGCACCAUGGGCGAUCCUCCAAUAGGUUUCCGGGACGUGUUGCUGCGUGACGGUCCCGAGGGAUUCGCCAAGGCUGUCCGUGCCCACCAAGGCCUGUUGCUAAUGGAUACCACCUUCAGGGAUGCCCACCAAUCGCUCCUGGCGACUCGGGUUCGGACCCACGACCUGAAGAAGAUCUCGCCUUUCGUCAGCCACAACUUCAGCAACCUUUACAGCCUGGAGAACUGGGGAGGUGCUACCUUUGAUGUGGCCAUGCGCUUCCUGUCAGAGUGUCCAUGGAAGAGACUCCAGGAGCUGAGGGCUUUGGUCCCGAACGUCCCUUUCCAGAUGCUGCUGCGAGGGGCCAACGCUGUGGGCUACACCAACUACCCUGACAACGCUGUCUUUAAGUUCUGCGAGGUGGCCAAGGAGAACGGCAUGGACGUCUUCCGCGUGUUCGAUUCCCUGAACUACCUGCCAAACAUGCUGCUGGGCAUGGAGGCCGCCGGGGCAGCAGGUGGCGUAGUGGAGGCUGCCAUCUCGUACACCGGCGACGUCUCCGACCCGAUGAGGCAGAAGUACUCUCUGGACUACUACAUGAACCUGGCGGACGAGCUCGUCAAAGCCGGAACCCACAUCCUCUGUAUCAAGGAUAUGGCCGGCCUGCUGAAGCCACAGUCCAGCAAGCUUCUGAUCGGCUCUCUGAGGGACCGUUUCCCCGAUAUGCCCAUCCAUGUGCACACGCACGACACAGCUGGAGCCGGUGUAGCCGCCAUGCUGGCUUGUGCUGAGGCUGGAGCGGACGUAGUGGAUGUGGCGGUCGACUCGAUGGCCGGGAUGACCUCUCAGCCCAGCAUGGGAGCCAUGGUGGCCUGCACCAAGGGGACCGAGCUGGACACCGGCAUCGCUCUGGAGAAGGUAUUCGACUACAGUGAAUAUUGGGAGGUGGCCAGAGGCCUGUACGCUCCAUUCGACUGCACCGCCACCAUGAAAUCGGGCAACGCCGACGUCUACGAGAACGAGAUACCCGGAGGACAGUACACCAACCUUCACUUCCAGGCUCACAGCAUGGGACUCGGAAACAAGUUCAAGGAGGUGAAGAAGGCCUAUGUCGAAGCCAACAAACUACUCGGGGACCUCAUUAAGGUGACUCCAUCCUCAAAGAUUGUGGGUGACUUGGCUCAGUUCAUGGUGCAGAACAACCUGACCAGGGCGGAAGUGGAGGAGCGGGCGGAUGAGUUGUCCUUCCCCCUGUCUGUGGUGGAGUUCCUGCAGGGAUACAUUGGGAUACCACAUGGAGGAUUCCCAGAGCCGUUCAGAUCUAAGGUGCUGAAGUCGCUCACUCGUAUCGAGGGUCGUCCCGGCGCCUCUCUGCCUCCCAUGGACUUCAAGGCCCUGGAGCGGGGUCUCCAAGCUGCACACGGUGAGGAUAUCACCCCUGAGGACGUGAUGUCCGCCGCCAUGUACCCCAAGGUGUUCCAGGAGUUCAAGGAUUUCACUGCUAACUUUGGUCCAGUGGACUGCCUCAGCACCAGACUGUUUCUAGAUGGACCCAAGAUCGCCGAGGAGUUUGAGGUGGAGCUGGAGAGAGGGAAGAUCCUCCACAUCAAGGCGCUGGCACUGGGGGACCUGAACAAGGCCGGCCAGAGAGAGGUCUUCUUUGAGCUCAACGGACAGCUGAGAUCUGUGCUGGUUAAAGACACAGUGGCCAUGAAGGAAAUGAAGUUCCAUCCUAAGGCCCUGAAGUCCAUCAAGGGUCAGGUGGGAGCACCCAUGCCUGGAAAAGUCCUGGAGGUCAAAGUGGAAGUGGGAUCCAAGGUGGUGAAAGGUCAGCCGCUGUGCGUCCUCUCGGCCAUGAAGAUGGAGACGGUGGUCAACUCCCCGGUGGCCGGCACCAUUAAGGCGGUUCAUGUCACGACCGACUCCUCCCUGGAGGGAGAUGACCUGAUACUGGAAAUCGAAGAGUAGAGUGAGAGAGCAGAGGGAGGCAUGGGGGAGUAAUAGUAGUAGUAGUAGCAGUAGUAGCAGCAGUAGGAGGAGGAGGAGGAGGAGGAGGGCGUUACAUCAUCUGAUUCUGGAAGUGGAGGAGUAGGGAAGGUUACUGAAAUAAGAGGAAGAGGAGAAAACGGGAAUCCUUUCCAUUAUAGACAACUGGCAGGACAUUGUUAACCCCGAUUUGUACAUACUAUGAUGGUUAUACUGGGAAAACAAAAUGAAGCACAGCUCCACACAUAUCCAGACACAGGAUGGGUGUAAAUAGUAAACCAUGUGAUAAUCCUAAAUAAUAUAUUAAUUUGAUGGAAAUUCCUUAUUGAAUUGUACCACUAAUCCCAUUAGUUAACUCCAAAAAGCAAAGUUAUUCCUAUAGGUGUGGUUAUUAGGUCUAACACCAGUAUAUCUCAAUGCAUCUCUUAAUGUCCUGUCUGUCAACUUGUGGAAAAUCAGACAUUAUACAUAUGAAUUGUGAUACAUUCCUUUACUUAAAUGCUAGUCUUAAAUGUGAUGUACUGCAAAAUAACAAUGUGUAACUAACGGGGUUGUAACAUCUACUUGCAAUUAAAUGCCACAAUUUCUAUUUCAA